CCCGCCUUCUCUCCCAAUGGCCGCAGAUGUGUCCAUGGAGAAUGGCAUAUUUCUGAGCCCCGCGCCUCGUGCCGUCGAUAAGCCGGCGGCGACCCCAAACGUUCUUGAGGUGGUCUUUGGCUCGCUGUUGAUCAAACCAUGGUACCCGUCAUUCUACCCUGAGGAGCUUGUUGGCCGUAAGGUGGAGCGCCUAUACGUAUGCCAAUGGUGCUUCAAGUACACCAAGGAGCUCACAGGCUUCAUCAAACAUCUCAGAGCUUGCCUGCUACGCAGCACAGAACCACCGGGCAACCACGUAUACACGUCAAACGGCUACUCACUCUACGAGAUCGACGGCGAGAAGAACAAGCUCUACGCGCAGAACCUCUGCCUCUUCGCCAAGCUCUUCCUCGAUACAAAGUCUGUCUUCUACGACGUCACGACCUUCCUCUACUACCUCCUCAUCGCGCACAACCCCACGCCGAGCAUACCGAACACACAACUAGAUGACGACGCGCCGGUUGGUCAGAACCAAGUCGUCGGCUUCUUCAGCAAGGAGAAAAUGAGCUGGGACAACAACAAUCUGGCGUGUAUAUUGGUUUUCCCGCCCUGGCAGAAGCAAGGCCUGGGUCAGAUUCUUAUGGGCGCGAGUUAUGAGAUGAGUAAGAGGGAGGGACGGCUUGGUGGGCCUGAGAAGCCACUCUCUGACCUUGGUCACCUGGCAUACGUGCACUACUGGUCGCAAACCCUCGCACGUACGCUACUCUCUUGUCCCUCGAAGAAGACUUUGACUGUGCACGACCUCGGCCAGAAGACGUUCAUCGUACCUGACGAUAUAUUAGCGACACUACAAGCUAUGGAUGUGCUGGAGCACAAGAAGAGGGGCGGCGCGGAGGCGGUCAUCAAUAAGGCGAAGGUCAGGGCUUGGGUGGAGAAGCACAAAGUAGAUCUUCGAAGUCCGGUCGAUUCUGAAGCGUUCGCGUUGAGAGAUAGGAGCAGGAGUGAGAGUGCGGAGUAGGAGGCACACCUGUACAGGUGGAGGAGGUCAAGUUCAGGCGUUUUCUUAAGAUACCCCAGUUUUUGUUGCAAUUUACAUAUAAGACGCGAUCCAACGUGCAAUCAAGGCAAGCUACCUUAUCGCCCUCAUUGAGCCAGUUAGAGUUGC